GGCUUCUGCUGUGAGACCGUUGGCAGCGAGUCCACAGAUUUAAAUCCUGCUCUUUGAACAAACAGCUGAAGUGAGGUUUAUAAAGCGCCGCUGGCCGCUGCUUGCAGAGCGUUUUCCUGAGGCGACCUGCCGCAGCUGCCUGCAGGAUGAGCAGUAAGAUCAUCUUCUACGAGGACAGGAACUUCCAGGGCCGCUACUAUGAGUGCGACACCGACUGUCCCGACAUGCAUCCUCACUUCAGCCGCUGCAACUCCAUCAAGGUGGAGAGCGGCUGCUGGGUUCUGUACGAGAAGCCCAACUACAGCGGCUACCAGUACGUUCUGACCCGCGGAGAGUACGCCGACUACCAGCGCUGGAUGGGCUACAACGACACCAUCCGGUCCUGCAGAACCUUCUCCUACACCAGCGAGGGUCCGUACCGUAUCCGGAUCUACGAGCGGCCCAACUUCCAGGGCCAGAUGAUGGAGUUCAGCGACGACUGCGAGUCGGUUCAGGAUCACUUCCGCAGCCGCGAUAUUUAUUCCUGCAACGUGAUGGACGGAUACUGGACGCUGUACGAGCACCCGGGCUACCGCGGCCGCCAGUACUUCAUGAAGCCCGGAGAGUACCGCAAGUUCAGCGACUGGGGGGCCACCUGCGCCUCCACCGGGUCCUUCCGCCGGAUCACCGACUUCUACCCUCCUGCUGGUCCUUCUAGUCCUCCAGCGGGUCCUUCUAGUUCUCCUGCUGGUCCUUCUAGCCCUCCUGCUGGUCCUUCUAGUCCUCCAGCGGGUCCUUCUAGUUCUCCACCAGGUCCUCCUAGUCCUCCUCCUGGUCCUCCUAGUCCUCCUCCUGGUCCUCCUAGCCCUCCAGCGGGUCCUUCUAGUCCUCCAGCGGGUCCUCCUAGUCCUCCUCCUGCUCCUCCUAGUCCUCCUCCUGCUCCUCCUAGUCCUCCACCAGGUCCUCCUAGUCCUCCUCCUGAAGAGCUUCACUGGUUCCUGCUGGAAGCUGCACAGAGUCAACAACAGCAGAAGAAGAAGACUCCUACCAGCAGCAGCAGCAGCAGCAUGGGGAAGAUCAUCUUCUACGAGGACCGGAACUUCGGCGGUCGUCACUACGAGUGUAUGAGCGACUGCGCCGACCUGCACUCGAUGUUCGACCGCUGCCGGUCCAUCCGGGUGGAGAACGGCAUGUUCAUGGUCUACGACCGGCCGGGCUUCACCGGAAACCAGUUCUUCGUGAGGAGGGGCGAGUACUCGGACUACAUGAGCAUGACCAGCAUGAACGACUGCGUCAGGUCCUGUCGCAUGAUCCCUCCGCACAGCGGCAGCUUCAGGUUGAGGCUCUUUGAACACUUCGACAUGGCUGGUGAGAUGAUGGAGCUGACCGAUGACUGUCCAAACCUCACGGACCGAUUCCGCAACUCCAACUUCAACUCGUGCAACGUGGACGGACACUGGCUGCUCUACGAACAGCCCAGCUACAGGGGGCGCCACUACUACCUGAGGCCCGGAGACUACAGGAGCUUCAGCGAGUGGAACGCCAUCAGCUCCAGGAUUGGCUCCGUCAGGCGCCUCAUGGACCUCUAAAGCCGGAGGACGUUCUUGUCAAAUGUCUGCUCUUUGCCUUGUUUCGCUCACUGAAUAAAGUGGCGUCGGGGCUCA